AUGUACGCCGCGGCAGGGGGCGCUUCGCUCGCUAGCAGACAAGCUCGGCAGAAACAGCGCCAAAACAAGCAAAAGCAACAGAAACAGAACAAAGCCACAGAACUAAUAUCUAAACAGCCCCAAGCCAAACAGUUCCAGAAUUACACAGACCCAGCAGUCCCCAGGCUCUCCCGGGUGGAGAGGGGCACGCUCAAGCCCCCCGCGCCGCACGAGAGGAGGCACAGCACCUCCAAUUACCACCUCAAGGAGCCUCACCAGAGGGCGCGCAUCCGGGAGAGCCCUUCCAUAUCCAUCCCGGUCGUCCAGAACACCCAAGCCCCCCAACCGCUCGCACCGAGCACCCUCGCCCAACAGAACCAUGUACCCAUCCACUCCACGCCCUCCCUGCAGAGCCAGCUGCCGCAGAUCUUCAUCCCCGAGGGGGAGGGGAAAUUGGAGAGGCGGUGCAGCUUCGUCAGGCAGGUGGAGGAGAUGGAGAAGUGCCAGGAGCAGGGCCUCCUGGACCGAUGCAACCACAUCUGCAACUUCGAGAUUAAAGAUAGGCAGUGGGAUACCACGACGACGAACUUCUACACGGACUACGAUAAGGACGCGUUCGGCAGUCUCGAUUAUCCCUUCUCAGAGGUGAUUCUGUGUGGUUGA